GAAGUAACCGUCAUUACAGGGAAAACAAAACAAAUCUCUCUCUCUCAGUGUGUUUAAGAGUUUAAGAAAAUGGCUGAAACCAUUAUUUCUGUGGAUCAGAGGCAGUUCGUCUGUCCAGUGUGUCUGGAUCUCCUGAAGGAUCCAGUGACUCUCCACUGUGGUCACAGUUUCUGUAAGGUGUGUAUUAAUGGCUGCUGGGAUCAGGAGGAUCAUAUUAGUGCUUCCAGAUGUCCUCAGUGCAGAGACAUUUUCACUACAAGGCCUGUUCUACGCAGAAACAACAUGCUGGCUGAAGUGGUGGAGAAACUGAAGAAGAAGACUGAAGUCCAAGUUGCUUCUCCUGCUCACUGUUACGCUGAACCUGGAGAUGUGGAGUGUGAUUUCUGCGUAGGGAGAAAACGGAAAGCCCCCAAGUCCUGUCUGACGUGUCUGGCUUCUCUUUGUGAAACUCAUCUGAAACCUCAUCUAGAAGUUCCUGCUUUGAAAAAACACAGAUUAGUUGAAGCCUCAAAAAAACUCGAAGAGGAGAUCUGCUCUGAACAUCACAAGCUGAUUGAGAUCUACUGCCGUACUGAUCAAAGUGGGAUUUGCUCAUUGUGCAUGUUGGAUAAACAUAAAGGCCAUGACGCUGUUGUAGCGGAAAGAGCUAAAAAGCAGUUGAGUGCACAGACAGCAGUGGAAAUUCGAGCUGAACGACUCAUGGAGCAACUGGAAGAUGAGCUCUUUAAUCUUCCGAAGGCUUUGGCUUCUGGACAUCAAUCGCUCACACCUGAAAGACCAGAUUCUCGAAUAUCCAGCAUCAGUGUCCAACAAUAUCUCUCGUUUGAUGGAGUGAUGAAUUCUUUCUCAGAUCUAAAGAAGAGACUUAAGGAAUAUGUGGAGGACGCUCAGAGUUUACUCACAGAGCCUCAGAGCAGAGAUGAGUUUCUAAAACAUUUCUCUUCUCUGACUCUGGAUCCCAACACGGCACAUUGUAAAGUCAUUCUGUCUGAGAACAACAGAGCCGUGAAAUACAGUGAGAACGAGCAGCAGUACCCUGAUCAUCCAGAGAGAUUUGAGUCCUGGUAUCAAGUGUUGAGUAAGGAGAGCAUAAGUGGACGCUGUUACUGGGAGGUGGAGUGGGAAAGUGACAUAGGUGUGGCCAUAGCAGUCGUAUGUAAGGCGAUCGACAGGAAAGGAGAGGGUGAGGAGUGUGCUUUUGCACUUACCAAUCAGGCCUGGAGUCUGGAGUUUCCCUCUGAAACUUCUGGCUGUUUCUAUCACAACAACAUUCAGACUGAUCUCAGAGCUCCAUUGUCCUCCAGAAUAGGAGUGUAUGUAGAUCACAGUGCAGGAACUCUGUCCUUCUACAGCGUCUCUGACACGAUGAAGCUCCUCCACAGAGUCCACACCACAUUCACUCAGCCUCUGUGCGCUGGGUUCGGGUUCUACAGGGGUGGUUGGUCUGAAUCUGAAGCAGUUAUCAGGAUGUGUGAUCCAAAGUAAUUAAGCUGUGCUGUUUUAUAAUCUGUAGUGUACUGAUAAAUGAAAGCACAUUUCCUUAUCGAUCCCAACUGUGACAAAUUUUUAAAGUUAAAUCAUUAAAACACUACAUCAUGAGUUUAGACUUAGGUUUGGCCGAUCAUUUACAUUGCUCAAAGCAUAUAAAUUAUUAUUAUUAUUAUUAUUUUUUUGCAUGUUCCAUUUAGGAAACUGAUGUAUAUGCAGUAUGUAUGAAGGAUGUCUUAAUAUGAAACUGUCUUUAUUUAUUAUCUUUUAUUUCCACAUAGAAUCUGAGUCAAAUCUAAAAAGAUCAUUAUAUGUCUGUUGGGCUUACACUUACAUGGUUCAGCAGAACAUAAAAUAAUCAUAUGUUUUUCUUUAUCAAUUAAUACUAAUUAUAUUAUUAUAUAAUGUUUAAAUUGUGAUCUUCUGAAAAUGUACAGUGGUUGCCAUAAUAUUAAUACAGCAUAUACCAUGUUUUAGUUCUCACAAAUUUACCAUGAUUUAUGACUUCUUGCCACAUAAUAAAAUCUGUGAAAAACUGGUAUUCAGGUUCUGGAGGCAAAUCUCCAGAUCUAAACCCAAUAGAGAACUGUUUGAAAAUGGUGAAGAAGACAGUAGUGAAAAAGAAAUUACUUUCUGUACAUGAUUUCAGGAAGAAUUUAAGCAUGCAUGGAUGGAGAAAGUGACCCCAGAGUACUGUACUGUAGAUGGCUUUUAGACAUUAUGCCCAGCCAUUUUUGAAGAAUAAAGGUCUAUAUAUUAAAUAUU